CACAUGUUGAAUUUCAUCAUCAGAUGUCAACGACCACAUAAAACCUAGAAAAUCCCCUAUUUCUAGGAUAAAAGUGUGAUAAAUUUAAUUCACCUAGUGUUGAUACCGAAAAUGGUCUCGACGAUGGGCAAAGACAUCCACAGGAGUGCCCUGGAGCUGGUGAAAAACAUAAACUACGGAAAGCUCAAGGGAACACACGAGAUCGUCGAGGCGACCAUCAGGGUGCUGAAGGAGAUUGUUAGCAGCUCGGAGUGGAGCACCGCAAGAAAACUCAUGGAUUUAAUAACGUUAAAUGGAAAAUACAUGAUUGCUGCGGUUCCCUUGGAGGCCUCGAUAGGCAACAUGGUGAGGAGAAUUCUCCAGAUAAUUAGGGAGGAGUACACAUUAGAACUCGAGAAUAAACCUGACGAGGCAGAUCCCCAGGAGUCAUUGCACAAAAUCCUGACAUCUCAAGGGGCACAAGACAUAGAUUUCAACAUUUCAGUGCCCGACUUGAAGUCUGCAGUGAUCGAGCAUAUUAACGAGUUCGAGGUGGAGUUGGAAACAUGCUCGGAAAACAUAACUCAACAGGCGUCUGAGCACAUCCAUUCAAACGAAAUUAUAAUGACGAUAGGAUAUUCGAAGAUGGUCGAACGGUUUUUCAAAAAAGCUGCUGAGACUAGGGAGUUUGAGGUCAUCAUUGCCGAGGGAGACCCUUCACUGAGUGGCCAAGAGUUGGCAGCCAAGCUCCCCAGGCAGAUAAAAACCACAUUAAUAUCAGACCGAGGAAUUUUCGCAAUGAUGUCUAGAGUGAAUAAAGUCAUAAUCGGGACCCACACAGUAAUGGCUAACGGUGGAUUGAAAGCAACAACUGGAUGUGACACAGUGGCUCACGCAGCGAAGCACUACUCAGUCCCUGUCAUGGUCCUCCUGCCCCUUUACAAGCUCUCCCCACUCUACCUGUGCUCCUUCGAGCAAGAAGCUUUCAAUAAGUAUCAAGCACCGAUCCAGGGGGUGAUCGACGGGGCCAAUGAGCCCCUGCUCGAGAGAAUUCAGGCAUACAACCCAGUGUUCGAUUAUGUGCCACCUGAAUUGGUGACUCUAUUCAUCACAAAUACGGGUGGAAAUGCACCUUCCUACGUCUACCGACUCCUCAGCGAGCUGUACCACCCUGACGACUACGAAUUAUAAUAAAUCUGUAGAAAAGUGGAAUGACUCGAUUGACUUUUAGAAUACAAAAAUUCAUUUAUUUA